AUGUACCUGAUUACUCUGACUGGCAAUCUACUCAUUAUCCUAGCCACCAUCACUGACUCCCACCUGUACACACCCAUGUACGCCUUCCUCUCCAACCUGUCUUUCUGUGACAUCUGUUUUACCUCCACCACUGUUCCAAAGAUGCUGCUGAACAUUUAUGUGCAGAACAAAACCAUCACCUAUGAUGGCUGCCUUGCCCAAAUACAUUUUUUUAUCCUUUUUGGAGAGUUAGUUAUUUUCCUCCUGUCUGUGAUGGCCUAUGACUGGUACAUGGCCAUCUGUCACCCCCUACACUACAUGGUCAUCAUGAACCCCUGGCUCUGUGGCAUGGUGCUGCUGACAUUCUGGAUUUUGAGUGUCCUGGACUCCCUGUUCUGGGUUUUGCUGAUAUUACGGUUGUCUUUCUGCUCCAACAUGGAGAUCCACCACUUCUUCUGUGAAAUCAACCAGGUUGUCCAGCUGGCCUGUUUGGACACCCUUUACAAAAUCAUCAAGACAUAUCUCACCACUGGGCUGAUGGGUAUUAUCUCCUUUUCUGGGAUCCUUUAUUCUUACUCCCAGAUCAUCUCCUUCAUACUGAAGAUUACAUCCACCAGAGGGAAAUAUAAGGCGUUUUCCACCUGUGGGUCUCACCUCUCCAUUGUGUUCUUGUUUUAUGGCACAGGUCUUGGGGUGUACUUCAGUUUGGCUUCUACCCACAAUUCCAAUGCCAGCACAACUGCUUCAGUGAUAUACACUGUGGUUACCCCAAUGCUGAACCCAUUUAUCUACAGCCUGAGGAACAAGGAUAUCAAGAGGGCCCUGAAGCAUCUUUUCAGCACAGUCCCUUCCAAUGAGUGA